AUGGUGGAAAAGCCUACCACGGACCUUGAAGGGUCUUCCUGUCAGCAUCCCAAUGGCGGAGAUUUCUACCGGCAGCAACGAGAGAAAGUUGUUCAACAGGCAACUUCUAUGGGCUUUGAGUAUCCCACGAUGUCUGAAUAUCCACUCUCUUGGGCUGAUGACCAGGACCCGUUCCGACAUGUGGCAUCGAGUGCAUAUAUGCACAUGGUGGCCCGUUGCGGCCAUCGCCUCUUCGAGUCUUUUGAAGGAGCCCUGAAAGAGAAAUAUGAGGAUCUGAUUCGCGCCCAAGGUAUUGGAAUUGUAACAAAGUAUUCAAAUGCCAAAUUCAAAAGCCCGUUGACCUAUCCUGACUCGAUCAUUAUCGCCUCGCGCAUUACAGAUGUUCAGCAGGACCGCAUCCUUGCUAAAUUCUCUCUCUGGUCGUUGCAGAGAGCCACCAUCACGGUGGAGGCUGACCUACGAAUGAUUUUUGUUGAUCAUCAGCGAGGAGGUCCUGUGGACUUGAUCAGCAGAGGAGGGGUCUACGCAGAUUUGCAUGCUGAUCUAACAAACCGGGCCUCAAACUCCGACCGACUUGCCUCCGAAUGGGAGGAAAAACAGAGGCGAGGAGCAAGAUUGUAG